GAAGCAGCCGAGCGCCGAUGAAAUCCACCACAUCCUUAUGUUUGUUUUUCAUAUUUUAUAAACAGAACAAAACCGCUUUCCAAGCGUGCAAAUGAUCUAAAGAUAAGUAAAAAAAAAAAAAAAUUGUUUGAUGCAUAGAAGACUUCCAGGCCGGAGCACCGAUCAGACUUUAGAGGAUGAGAAAGUGUCUGCGCUGCACACAAGUCUGAAGUCAACAUCAUGGCAGCCCGGGCCGGCCGUGCCGAGCUGGCGUCCUCGCCCUUGCAGAUACUGUAGAGGAGUUGGAAGACAUUGUAAUGCAAAAGAAGAUGAAAAUUCCCAAGAUGUCCAUCAGGAGUUCAGGAAAUCCAGUUGACAACAGUUUUGGAGAGGAGAGGAUGCCGCUCAGGCAUAAAAAGGCACCAUGUCAGGACCGAGGACGCCCCGUGUCCAACUCCUCCAAAAGUUUGGCGGCCGUAGUCGCUCGCCUGGAGAGAAACGCGGCGAGCUCCUGCAUGGAGGGCGAAGAGGACCUCGAUGAGGACCGGCUGGCGGAAGAGGGAGAUGAUGCAGACGACGAAGAUGAAGACAUGGAGGCAGAGCAUCAGCAGCAGCAGCAGCAGCCGCAACAGCAGCACUUGGAGGUGAACUCGGACGUGGCCGCGGCGGUGGUUCCCCGCGUCCUGUACGAGGAGCUGGUCCUGAGCUACAGGCAGCAGGAGGAGGAGAUGUGCAGGCUGCAGCAGGACUUGGAGAGGACGCGUCGGCAGCUGCUGCAGCAGACCAAGAAACUCAAAGAGUAUAGCAGCUUGCUGACAGAAGUCAAAGAGCUGAGGGACUUCAAUCGACGGCUGCAGGACGUUCUUCUCAUGAGGCUGGGCAGCGAGCCCAUGCACGACAAUGGCACUCAGACAAUCAAGGCUGAAGUGGUUGAACCCAUUGUUGAGGCCCAGGAAACAUUCCGAGAAGAAGCCAACACCAGUUCCAGCUACUCGCCCUCUCCUAGAACGGUCUACACCUGCAAUGAUGGCAAGGUACACCUCGGUGGCGGGAUCUGGGUGGAGGAGGAGAAGUGGCACCAGCUCCAGCGCACCCAGGGUGACUCCAAGUUCACAAAGAACCUGGCGGUCAUGAUCUGGGGCACGGAAACUCUGAAAAACCGUAGCGUGACCGGCGUGGCCACCAAAAAGAAGAAAGACGCCCUUCCCAAACCUCCGCUCUCACCGAGCAAGCUAAAACUAGUCCGAGAGUGUCUCUAUGACCGAGUGUCCCAAGAGACCGCAGACAGUGCGGAGAUCACGCAGAGAUUGUCCAAAGUGAACAAAUACAUUUGUGAGAAGAUCAUGGACAUCAACAAGUCCAUCAAGAACGAGGAGCGACGGGAGUCCAAGCUGCUUAUCAGACAGACGGUCAAGAUGGAGAACUUUACCUACGACGGCAUGUAAAGAUGUCACACCAGCAUCCUCCCCGGUUUACGGAUCAUGGUGCUUUGAGGCUGAUCAUCACAGUCUCCGCAUCUUUGAGUCAUUUGAUGGGUUAUGACCCCCCCCUUUCAAGCCAACACCUUCCUCCAGUUUCAGACAGCUUUACCCACCAACACAUGCGAGUGUUUUUUUUAGGGUAAGCUUUACCACGGUAUCGGUACCAAGGUAUGUUGCAAAAGAUUGUGAAAUUCAUGUAUUGUUCUGUGUCAGAACAUUAUUCUGAGUCUUCUACGCUUUUAAAAAGUACAAGAUGACUCCCCUGUAUCCAAGGAUUACGAUGCCGUCGACGUGUCAGAAGCUCGUUUGCGGUUGGUACCGAGUUGAUCUUAAAGAAUGAAGUCUUAACUGCAGAGACACUGUUGCUGAAAGAGAUUGUAGUGGCCGUCAUUUUAUAGAAGCUUCUAAAGAGAGCUUAGUCGGAUUUGCACAAAAUUGUACUUGAACUGAUGUUCUUAAGGGUUACUUGGGGGGAAAUUACCUGAAUGGUACAUUCCCUAAAAAUAUCGGACAGUGGAACCUCCAAAGUGGAACAUCUGUGUCGGAGGUUGACUUACAAGUUGUUCAGAUUCCAUAACAAAUGUUAGGAAAGUGCGUGAAGUCAAUAAAUUACCUUACUUUCUAGACCAGGGGUCGGGAACCUUUUUGGCUCUCAGCCAAAUAUUUUAAAAUAUAUUUCCGUAAGAGCCGUAUAAUAUUUUUUUAACACUGAACACAACUAAACACGUACAUUUUUAAGCAAGACCAACAUUUCUAGAGUAUGACAGGUCUCUUAUUCUUUGUAAUAACAUUGUUAUUCUGAAGCUAACUGUGGAGGGGGUGUGGCCUGCGGGCCUGCAGCGACAGUUGCGUAGACGGCCCACCCGGGCCUUGUUAUCUAAUCACCUGUCGCUCUGUUAUAAGCAGCAGCCAGGAGGAGAGACUGUGUUGGGGCUGGAAAUACUAUUGCUGGAAAGCAACUGGGAGACUUAUUGAAAAAUAAAACAAUAAUGUAACCCUGAAACAGGCGCUCAUGUCGGUGCUUGGUGGUCUGAAGAGCCCCCAGGAGGGCAAGCCCCACACUAACCAAUAAUAAAUAAAUAACUUCUUACCAUUGACGCAACUUCUUGAACAGGUGUGGUAGAAAACGGAUGGAUGGAUUAAAAAUGCAUGAUAAUGUUUUAUAUUUUGAACAUUAUUUUUAACACUGUGAUUACAAGUGGAAUUAUUCAUUACUUAUCGUGUUAAGCAACGUUAGCUCAGAUUUAUCCGAGAGCCAGAUGCAGUCAUCAAAAGAGCCACAUCUGGCUCUAGAGCCAUAGGUUCCCUACCCCUGUUCUAGACUAUGGAGCGCAAUAGUAUGAGUCGCACUACCUAAACUUUCAGCGAAAAAAAUGUUGUUUCCAUGCAUUAGCCACACUGGACUAUAAGCCGCAGAUGUAUACGUUGCAGUGUUUCCCCCCGACAAUUUGUUAGUUAAGGUGGUGACUCUCCAGGGGGUGGGUGGGUGUAAGGAUCGGUGUAAUUCAGCCUGUCGCCAUCACGUCUCCACCUGGUCGCUGCCACCACAGCCUGGUAGGGCAAUAGACUACAGACUGUGGUGAAGUAGGCCGGCUUCGUCGCAUGAAGAAGCCUACAACUUUUGGUUGUGUUUUCCGCUCCAUUUGCUGAAUGGCGAUAUACAAUAUAUAUCUCCAUACUUUUUCCGUAAGGUAGAAACAAAACAGUCCCAGUUACCUGAGAUACUAAAAUAGUGACUUACAAAGUGAAAUUACUUACUGUAAGUAAACGUUCGCAAUAAGCGUUUAAGGAAAAAGAGUUAAAAGUGGGGCCACAUUCUUAAAUAUGUUCAACUCACCAUGCUUAAUUUAUUACAGCAUUUGGGAAGCCUGUCGUUGAUUUUUUUAAUGUAAAUGUUAUAUUUGUAUCAACAUGUGAUAGCAAAACCAGGCUGCUUCAUUACUAAUGAUUAAUGUAACUAUAGCUGAAAAAAUAGUCAUAUAGCAAUAGGAGACUAUUCAUCCCUGAACACCAUGGAGUUCAUGUAGGCUUUAUGAUGCAUUUACAUUAUAUCAACUAUCAGAGACAGAAACUCUUCAUUUAACAUAAUUUCCUUUUUUUGCUGCUGCAACACAGCUCAAUCAACACAGAAAAAGGUCAAGUGAAAUAACUUAGUUGUUAACUAUAGGUCAAUAAUGCUUGUGUUUCUCUCAGACAGACAAGGCUUUGCUGUCCGUUUAAUAUGGACGCACGCCACACACACCACAGUGAGCUAAUGUUACGCUAAAAGCUAAUUAGCCUUCACCUCUAGGACUGCGAGCGAGCCGAGCUGCCGCUUAUGUUUCUAGACCAUCAACGGGCUCAUAGUGAUGUUACUAGUACUUGACUGGGAGGUGUUUAUUAUAAUUUGGAGAGAGUCUGCUGCCUUAUGCUUACCUGCAAAACACCUAUCUUCUCACCCGCACCAUCUCUCCUCUCUGCCUGUCUCUGUCGUGAGCACUGACUACAUGCGCUCUGAAUACGCACCGCUGAUUGGCUGUUACCGCUCUGCGUAUAACCAAUCAGAUGGUUCUGUGGGACGUACUGGCAGAGCUAAGCUAAGCGUAGCAGCUUGUACAGACUUAAGUUUAGAUGGUGGCACUUGGUUGUUAGGCAGCCGCAUUAACAACCAAGCGCUGCGGGAAACCCUGCGUUGUAAAAUUUGUUAUUUACACCGAAAAAUUUUGUAAAGGUUUAUUUACAUAACCUAAUUGUUUCUGAACGGUGCCUGUAACACGGCAGUAAAACGGCUGAUCAAACAAAACAGAAAAGUCUUCAGUCAGCUAAACAGACUCAAUAUUUACUGAAUUUAUCGAGAAAUUUAUGAAACUGAAAAAAAAAUGCCAUUGUAAGUUAAAAAUGCAAACUUUUAUUUUUAUUAACUUUUUGUUUUUACCCUCUUUUAGUGCCCUUGUGUGCAUUAUCCAUUCCAUCCUUCGUAACUGAGUUACUGGAUGGAAAAUUUUCCCUUGUGGAUCAAACGUGUUGGCAUAUUAGUUAAUGCUAACGACACCAGCUUGGUUACAUUAUGGUACCAUGCACAAAUAUGUGCAUGGAAAUACUCAUCCAUAAGUAUGAAUUGUUGUAGUUACAUUGUAAAACGUACACACCUUGCAUGGAGUGAUGAACGACGAAACCAUACGAGUAGAAGCACUAUGGAGAACUAGUAAACGGGACGGCACUUAUACUUCCGGUUCAAGGCACAAAACAGAAGUAAAUACUGUAGAUUUUCAACCCGCGGUGAGUGAACUGGUUUGAAAGAUGGCGCCAUAGCACAAACAUUAUCGCACUUGUUCAGUUUCUGUUGCUGUUACUACUAUGAAAGAUCCAUAGAUCAGCCACACCUAAGGGUUUGAAGUUUGGGAGAAAAAGUAGCAGUUUGAAGUUCGGAAAAUACAGUAAUUCCAGGCUCAUUUGUCCACUACUAUAAAACCUUCAAUAAGCUUACGGGCAAUGUUUGAAGUAAACUAGGGCUGCAACUAUUUUGAUAGUCGACUAAUUGGAUAAUGACGCGGAAACAUAUUCAGUGGCUCCAAUCUAGCCAUCAGCUUUUAAAUUUAGCUUGAGCUAUUUUUGUGCUAACAACAAAUAUGACUUCUUCAUUUAAAAAUAUUGAUUUCCUCUCUAACUGUGCGGCUCAUUAGGCUGUUACAAAAAUAAUAACUAUUUAAUUGUCCGUUUUAAAGCCAGGACAGGCAAUUUGCUGAUUGAAACAAAUCUUUUUUUUUCUAAUGUUAGACAGUCAAAAUACCUUGAGAUGUUCGAUCAUAUCGGACUGCCGAUAUUAUCGACCGAUUAAUGCUUUAAAAUGUAAUAUCAGAAAUUAUCGGUUUCAAAAAUUAAAAUGUAUGACUUUUUAAAACGCGGCUGUGUACACGGACAUAAGGAGAAGUUUGAGCGUCAAUAAACCUUAAAGGCACUGCCUUUGCAUGCCGGCCCAGUCACAUAAUAUCCAGGGCUUUUCACACACACAAGUGAAUGCAAGGCAUACUUGGUCAACAGCCAUACAGGUCACACUGAGGGUGGCCGCAUAAACAACUUUAACGCUGUCACAAAUAUGCGCCACACUGUGAACCCACACCAAACAAGAAUGACAAACACAUUUAGGGAGAAUAUACGCACCGUAACACAACAUAAACACAACAGAACAAAUACCCAGCACUAACUCUUCUGGUACGCUACAACAUUUUAAAACAAGCUAAGAUGACAUAUCAAAACAACACUAAAUUAAAGUGCACUUUUUGUACAGAAUGCCACUACAAUAGUUUAAAACAAAUAAAGUGCACUUUUGUGCAUGAUGUCACAAAAGAUAUUUCAAUGAAGUGUCAAAAUAAAAAUGAGCUGCAUAAUAGGAAAUCAAAUAGUGUAUGUCCUUCGCUAUGUGGUAGGUUCCUGCGGACGUUAUCUCCUUUUAUUCUUGACUAUUUUUUUUCUUACGGUGUAGAUCUGGAAAUUGUUGCUUGGGCUUUUUGUUGGUGUGGCACCGAACGGAGAUGUUGACAUGCGGAGUUUCAAGCACUCAUUCUCGAGCAGGUGACUUUUCAAAUGAUGCUACAUUAGCAUUGCUGCUACUUUUUGCAGCAACGCUUUUGCCGCAUAAUUCUUCAACAUCUUCCCGCUUGAAGCCAAACCACCGCCAGAGGAUAGACCCCCCGCUGUUUUUCUUGGAGAUAAAUUCUUCCUUUGUUUGUUACAAUAGUAUAAAACAAAUAAAGUGCACUUUUGUGCAUGAUGUCACAAAAAAUAUUUCAAUGAAGUGUCAAAUAAAAAUGAGCUGCAUAAUAGGAAAUCAAAUAGUGUAUGUCCUCCGCUAUGUGGUAGGUUCCUGCGGACGUUAUCUCCUUUUAUUCUUGACUAUUUGUUUUCUCACGGUGUGGAUCUGGAAAUUGUUGCUUGGGCAUUUUGUUGGUGUGGCACCGAACAGAGAAUUUUGUUGGUGUGGCACCGAACAGAGAUGUUGACAUGCGGAGUUUCAAGCGCUCUUCAUUCUCGAGCAGGUGACUUUUCAAAUGAUGCUACAUUAGCAUUGCUGCUACUUUUUGCAGCGACGCUUUUGCCGCAUAAUUCUUCAACAUCUUCCCGCUUGAAGCCAAACCAUCGCCAGAGGAUAAUUAAUUCUUCCUUCGUUUGUUACCAGAUUCGCACCUUCUCUCUCUCUCUCGUAUUACCAGCCGCACCGUUUAGCAUCACAGCUAACGUUACCAUGUGGCCACCUGUCUGCAACAAAGUGCGAGACGAGAAAGAGUGGGAAACGCCGGCAGCGUAAUGCCCGCGUGAGAACGUAUACUCUAAUAUCACGAUAUAGUCAUUUUCUGUAUCGCACAGAGACAAACCGGCGAUAUAUCGAGUAUAUUCCAUAUAUAUCGCCCAGCCCUAAAUCGCAGAAAGUAUUUGUAUUAAUACAAUAUUUUUAACUUUGGAGGUUCCACUUUAUUGUCAUCUAGACCAUGUCAAUGGACCGUGAUCUUUUUUGCACAAGUUCCUCCGAGUGUUCCUGCUAGCCUUUAGAAGGCGUCCAGAGUUUAACGGAGAGUUAUUUAGUGGCCAUUGUACACGGAAGCACGUGGAAACCUGUGGCUGUGCUACCCAGCCAAUCAAGGCUGGCAGACAGUGUGACUGUUGAACAUGUAAUCGGGGGAACAGGAAAGGCCUUAAAUGGAUUUGGCAAUCAACCAGGGCCACGGCGUGCCCUCGGGUUUUCUAGUGAGCUGUGAUUGUAGUCCAAGCUGAAGUCUGGAGACUUGGCCUGCACUUUGCUGUGAGAAUGUAGAACUUGUCUGUAGGUAGUCUUAUCAGUGUGGGACUAUUAUGUGUGUGGUAGUUCAGAGAAGGUGUGUGGGUAAAGCUGUCUGAGGUGAUGCUGGUGGUCGUUUGGGGUCUUCCUCAACACUGCAACAACACAAUGAAGCAGGGGUCUCCAAACUUUUUUUACUCGGUGGGCGUUUGGGUGGCCACAUUGGGUUAAAAGAAUUUGGUUGGAAGCUGGACUAUCUAUUUGUGUGUGUGUGUGUGUGUGUGAGAGUGUGUGUGUGUGUGUGUGAGAGUGUGUGUGUGUGUGUGUGUGUGUGUGUGUGUGUGUGUGUGUGUGUGUGCGCGCGCUAUUUAUUAGUUUUUUUAUUAUGUAUUGUUUUUUUUGCCCCACAAUUUUCUCCCUGUCUCGUUUUUUUUUUGUUCUUUCUGCACCAAUCCAACUGCGCCAAUCACUAAAUAUAUCCAAACGUUUGAUAAAGUAUAUAUAUAUAUAUAUAUAUUAGGGCUGGGCAACGAUUAAAAAUUUUAGUCGAAGUUAAUCGCAAUAUUUCUCUGAUUAAUCGCGAUUAACUGCAUUGUAUACACAAAGCCCAUUAAUGAAUUCAAAAGUAGUGUGUAGUGCACCUUUAUUGGAAUAUUCUCCCACAUGAACAAAAGCGCCAAAACAUUUGUUGUGCAAACACAAUUUAAAUCAGUCCUUGUUAAACAGUAGCAGUUAAAUAGCAUAUUUGAUGAAAAUCAACUCCAAAAAUGUAAAUACAAACAUUUAAGCUUAUUGCCACUGCCAGGGUAUUUAAGUUAUCCUGUUUGUUAUGGAAAAUAAAUAUAAUCUACAUACAAAUCUCUGAGCCACAAUCAUAACAUCUGAACAGGCAAUUUCUGAGGUAACAGCAGAAACAUUUUUUUUAUCAGGGAUCUUAUGUUUAAAAAACCUAUAUUAUAGGUAGUGGGCUGUUUUAGGGAAUUUUGGAUCAAAUUAUCCGUAGUAGCAAUAUUAAUAAUGUUGUGUUUAUUCUGCGUAGUGCACUUAAAAUAAUUAUGACCAUAUCUAGGAAUUGAUAUGAUGGGAAUUUUCCGAUUGUUUGCUUGGUGCUUUGAUAAACUGAAGGCAUCAUAUACAUGGUACUAUAUUGUGAUGUUAUGAGCCAGGGAAUAAAAGAACUACCCUACCCAGCAUGCAACAGGAGUGAGGAGCAUGUAUAGGUUGUGUCGCCAUGACGGCAUCUUGUAUGUUGUGAUAUGCACGCUCUGAAAGCAAACGUUAAGAAGUCAGCCAACACUCCUGGUCUGCAUUAUUCAUAAAUAGACAGACAACACAUAUACUCCGCUGCUUCACAGGCCGCUGGAUGUAGCCGGCAAAGUAUUCCCAUGCUAGCUAGCCGCUCUAGCAAGCACGCCUCAUUCAGUCCAAAACGGCCCGAUCUAUCCACAUCCAGAAUUGUCUGGCGGUCGUAAGUGAUCCCGGAGUGACCACGCUGUAAGCCAGCCAUGACAUUUGCAGAAUUGUCCGGUAUUUUUGCCAAAUGUUCCAUCUUUACCAAGAGCCCCUCCACGCCAGGCGACGCCAUCUUGUUAAGAAAAGGCGUUAACAAAAUAAAAGCAUGUAAACAACAUACGCAAAUGUGCGUUAAAAUAAUUGUCGGCGUUAAUAGAUUGAUGAGUUAACGCGUAAUUAACGCAUUAAUUUGCCCACCCAUAAUAUAUAUAUAUAUAUAUUUUUUUUUUUUUUCUUGGGGUUUUCUGGAUUCUGGCCACCAGCAAACAAAAUCUGUAGUUUGGGGACCCCUGCUUUCCAGUUGUUGUUUUUUUUUUAUUUGUAUUGUUUUGUCCCCAAAUGCUUUCUGCGGCUUGUCGGCCAGAUAAAGUGGUUGAAAUCUGAAAAGUGUGAGCCAACAGAGGCAAAACUGUGAAUCUGCUGCAGAGCUGUCAUCCAGCCUUUGCUGUUCUUCACACUUUUAACCACAUUUAUUUCUUCUCUCUGUCCCUUUUGUCUCUUUUUUUUUUUACUGGUGUUUCCAAAGUUGAGCUCAGCCUUUUUAUGUUACAUACAUUUAAAAAAAAAAAGAAGGUAUUUUUCAUGUUUUAGACAUUUCGUCAACGAAUGUCAUUAUUAUUGGGGUUUUUUUUUACUCGUGUCUGUUUUUCCAUGUGACUUGUUGGCUUUCCAAACAAACAUCUGCCGAGCCAAAGCGAUCAAGUUGUUACAUUCAAAAAGCCUAUUUAGGAUUUUUCACUUAGAAUCCCCAUGGCAACGGUGACAAAUCAUUUACAUUGAAUGCACUUUAAUCUCAAAUUUGUCAAUCUCAACAAAGCCUAUUUGAGGUAUUAAGGUUGUUUUUUUUAUGGCGGAAUUCUAAAUUAUGGCCAAGCAAUCAUUGUAUUUACAUAAUGCACCUUAAAAAUGUUUGCUUUGUGAGUGUCUGGAAAAGGUAUGAGCAGCGGUAUGUUUGCUUGAACAAAAUAGCGUAAAAUGCUCUAAUUAUAGCCUCAGAGUGUGCUCUAUUAAUUAUAUGUAGGAAAUAUAUUUUUUGUUUACCCCUAACAUUUAAACUUAAGGGUUCAAGCGUUAGAAAAUGGAUGGAUGGUAUUUGGAAUGUGUGAGAAAGUUGAAGGCAAAAACAUGUUACACAACAUGGCGGCAACAAAGCCAACGUUGUCCUGGCAAACCGCAGUUAUUUGCCUUUGAAGACCACGCACCAGAGGCCUUAAUUGGAGCAUUUACGGUACUCAAAGAUAAUUAGGGGCCAUUCAAAAAAACUGGAUCCUUUGAUAAAAUGUUUAUGUAUAAUAUUAGACGAUAGUUACCUAAGUACGAUGAGUAUCAGCCAGUGUUUGGAUGCUGAUUGGCUGGUCAUCAGCAUUAGGAGUGAGAGUCUUUGGGCUCCUCGGGAUCUGAUCCGAUUCAUGGGGUGACGAUUCGAUUCAGAAUUGAUUCUCGAUUUAACUCGAUUUUUUUUAUUCAAACCAAUUCUCCCAUAUUUGGCAGAAUAAUGACAAUGUAAUUGUUUACAAAACAGGUUGCGGGUUAAAAAAGCUCCUUCUGGUUGCAUUGAGAUGGCCUAAGAAAGUCUAACAUUGUUUAGUUUUUUAUUGAUUUUCUUCUAAAUUAUGAAUCGAUUUAGAAGUGGGAUGAUUCGAAUCGAAUUUUCGUGCACCCCUUACUCAGCACGGUUUGCACAUGACAAAUUAGCCUGACCCAAAAAUAAUUUUGUUCACCAUUUUACAAAGUAAAGAUAGUCCUGUCAUGUAUGGUUUUGUUUUUCGACGCCAAAAGGCGGCCUGAGAAAAAUGGAUAUUACACCACCUGACAUGUUAGCGGGUUUCCACAUCAGACCGAAGUACUUGUGUUUUUGAGUACCCCCGUCAUAGUUCACGACUGUAUAUUGUUAGCGCGUCUGUGAUCCUCUUCCUGCACCACCUCUAGUUCCGGACAGGAAACGAUUACUGGGUCUUUCAAAAAAAAAAAAAAAAAAACUGAACGUAGAUGAAAACCACCAAAAAAAAAAGCUUGUCAAAGUUGCUCGAGGCUUUUGACGAUUGAACAAAAGCCUCCUCCUGCACUUUGUACAUAAAAAGCCACUACGGGGCUGAACUGCUUUCAAAUGAGACCAACCAGGAGGCCACACCGUUGUUGGGUCUAUAUUUUUACUACGGUAUCAGUAACUUUGUAUACAAUCCACAAACCGGUUCUACUUCAUCUAACUUUCACCGCCCUACCUCAUUGUUACUCUGGUGUGUGUUUGUCAGUGAACUCUGUGUAUAGUCAGAAAAAUAUAGUAAACCUGGUUACUCAACAUGUACAGAAUACACAUACAUACAUAUAUAUAAAUAUAAAUAUGCAUACGAGUAUAUAUCUUCGAAUAUAAAACACCUGGACUCACGAUAUCAUUGUUAGAAAACGAUGUGUUCAAUGACCUGCUUCAUUCAGGAUGCUGCUGUGUUCUCUGCUCUACGCUACGUUGUGCUGUCGAUCCCUGCUUUUUGUGUUUUUUGGUGUCUGUGUUGCGUUGGGAGAUUUUUAACUGCUUGACGGUGCUACCAGCAAACAGUUCUACACGGAUCUGUCUCUCGGACCUCAAAUGGUGCUGUUUUUUUUCGUUGUUUUGUUUUCCUCUGGUUUUUAACCCAGACGGGGGCUUUGUUAUACAUCGGCGCGUCAACCACCGCGACUCCCUCACUUUGGUGGAAGAAGCCAAAAUACUUUUACGAAAUGCUAACUCCGAAGCCUCGCUGUUGCUGUGUUCCGCGUCCGUGCUAUCCGCCCAAAAAUAAUGUUCCAGUUGUGAGUCUCUCGAGUACCUCAAAGUCUGUUGAUUUUUGAAAAGGUUGUGUCAGCUUUGAACGCCUGUGUUUAAUUGUUGCAAGUGUUUGUGUUUGAAAAAUCUGGUCCAAAGCUCACAGGUGACCUUUGAAUAGGAAGUUUGAUUUCUAUCGACUUGUGUCACAGCAAAUGGUCUGCAUUACUGUACUGACCCGAAUGUAAGACCGACCCGAGUUUUCAAGAGUUGUUUAGGCAAACCGUUUCUCAGAGCAUUGAAUGGACCGGUCCAGGUUCACGUCUCGUUUGCAUAGGCUUUAUCAGUCUUGAUAGGGCAGCUCUAAUCUGAGAAAAUGGUGUCGGAUCCCAAAUAUUUAUCCUCCAAGACAGUGGCAUGAGUCAACAAGAACGCAAAACGUAAAGAUAUAACGUGUUAAAAAACUAUCGUCCACGCAGUCAAGACAGGACAGCCCUAAUCUGAAGGGAUGGUGUAGGACCUAAGUAUUAAUCAUCUAAGACGCAUGACUCCGCAAAAAUGGUUUCACUUUUUAGGGUGCAGAACAACAGUCCGCACUCGUCUUCCGCAGAUGUACGCCAGGCCUUACCUUUCAACAGGAAAACAAAGUCCUGGAUCCUUAUCCCAUUUCUGAUUCAAAUCUGCUUCAAAGCUCACAUGUGACCUUUGAAUAGGAAGUUUAUUGAUUUCUAUCGACUUGUGUCACAGCAAAUGGUCUGCAUUACUGUACUGACCCGAAUGUAAGACCGACCCGAGUUUUCAACAGUUGUUAAGGCAAAACGAAGACUUCUCAGAGCAUUGAAUGGAACGUCCAGGUUGUCUCAGGAGACGGUUCACGUCUCGUUUGCAUAGGCUAUAUAAGUCUUGAUAGGGCUGCUCUAAUCUGACAGAAUGGUGUCGGAUCCCAAAUAUUUAUCCUCCAAGACAGUGGCAUUAGUCAACAAAACUUGUUAAAAUCUAUCGUCCAAGUAUUCGAGACAGGACAGCCCUAAUCUGAAGGGAUGGUGUAGGACGCAAGUAUUAAUCAUCUAAGACGCAUGACUCAGCAAGAAGGGUUUCACUUUUUAGGGUGCAGAACGACAGUCCACACUCGUCUUCCACAGACGUACGCCAGGCCUUACCUUUCAACAGGAAAACAAAGUCCUGAAUCCAGACAGUGGUCUGGAUCCUUAUCCCAUUUUUGACGUUUUCUGAAAGCUGAAUCACCAUGUGCCCACAACUUAUGGAGCCAUCUACAGCAUAAUGAAAGAAACCGAGUGAGGCCUCUUGUGUUUUGUCUCUACGGGUGGAGGCGGGACCGCAAAAGUACACAGACAGAAAUUGAAGCUCGUAACGUAAACAGAGAAAUGUAACGACUUGUUUCUUAUCCUAGUUAGGAUAUUUCCUGAAAGAUUAUUCAAAAUCGAUCCAUAACUGUUUGCGUUAUCUAUAGCGGAAUAAAAAAAACUGAGUGAAGCCUCUUGCCAGUCGAUAUUAGUUUUGUCUGUGCCCACAGAAAAUAAACGCAUGGAAGUGCUUUUCAGUUAUUUUCUGCCAUGGCCCCCAUUUUGGGAACCGAAAUGACCGCAAUUAAAUUAUUGAGAACCUAAGUACAAUGCACUGUAGUAUUUACCUUCUUUAUAUAAGCCGCUUUUGACUACUUUCUUUACAUUCCGGUCAUCGUUCUUCCCCUUUUGGUAGCUUCCUGUGUACUCACAACUUCUACUUGCGAGCCUGUUGAUUAGAUUGAGCACUGCUAGCCACCUAGCUGCUGUUUUUUGUAUUGUUCUAACAUGAACACUAGUGUGGAGACAGAUAUAUAUAUAAUGAAGAUCUCCCCUGCCACUCGUGACCCCAUCACAGUGUCCCGACACACUAGUGGAGAAACAUCGGUCGCGAGGUAACACAUUAGAAAUGAUGCGAAUCAGGCCCAAAAUUUAAUUUGUUGUUACUUAUUAAAUUUAAAUGAAAGUCUACCCAAAACAAUUGGAGUUAUUUUGCUAAUCCCAGUUUCCAAACCAACGGCGGAGGUUAUGGACAAUGUUGCCUUCAGGUUUUCAGGGGUCUCCAUGACCAUCGAGCCAACGGAAUACUUCAAAAGAUUGUCACAUUUUCCGUACAUCCUAGACUUACGGAAUACUUGAGAUAAUAAGGAAAGGGGAUUCCACAAAAUUGACUGAUGUUGCCUGGCAGAAGUCUCGACCUACUGUAUCGUCCUACAGCACGGAACAAAAGCCUGUUCAGAUGUGCAAACGUCUUCUGAGACAAAUCUGAACAAUCCAGUUGUGAUCCGUUCAAUGUCGUGGGAAUAAAAUUAUGUGGAUGAGACUAAAUUUCAGUGUCGGAAAUAACUCGGCGAUGCUAGUAAAAGGAUGCCUUUGGAUAUUCACAUUCAUCCAGGUCAUUGUGCUCUCAGUAUCAACAGUUCUAUAGGUUGAUUUAAGAUCCAUUUAAGUCCGAGAGCAUGGACUGAUGAAGCCUGUGCGAAUUUGAGGCCAAUAAUCUUCUGAUACAAAUCUGUAUAGUCCAGAUGUGAUCCGGUCAAUGUCGUGAGAAUAGAAUGAUGCGGAUGAAUGAGAAUAUCUGACUAUAAUUAAAAUCCUGUUUUCAUUGUCUGAAAUAACUGAGAGACGAUAGUCAAAAGAUGCCUGUGGAUCUUCUUAUUCAUCGGGUUCACAGGAUUCUCAGUAUCAACAGUUUUAUAGGUUGAUCUUAGAUCAAUCUCAGUCUGAGAGCAUGAGCUGAUGAAGCCUGCUUGGAUGUGAGGCCAAACGUCUAAGACAAACUGAAUAGUCCAGUUGUGAGCCGUUCAAUGUCGUGAGAAUAAAAUGAUGGGGACGAACGAGAAUAUCUCAGACUUAAAUAAAAAUCCUGUUUUCAGUAUCAGUGAAAUAACUGGGAGUUGGUAGUCAAAAGAUGCUUAUGGAUAUUCUUAUUCAUCCAGGUAACUGUUCUCGGUAUCAACAGUUUUAUAGGUUGAUCUUAGAUCAAUCUGAGAGUUUGAGCUGAUGAUGUUCUCAGGAUCAGCAGUUCUAGAGGUGGAUCAUUGAUCAAAGGAAGUCUGAGAGCCUGAUCUGAUGAUGCUGAUGACGGAUGAGAGGCUGAUUGUCGUCUAAGACAAACCGAGCAGUAGAUUUGGCGAUCGAUUGAAUGCUCUGAGAACGUCACUAAAAAAUAUAAUAGUAGUUCCUCUUUGAUCGCCGUUAUCGUAAAAAAUUAUCGACAUAACUCUUGUUCGCUGCUGUCGCCGUGGCUACAUCUCUCCGGGUCUACUGGUGUGUGUGUGAGAGGGACAGGAAGAAAAGCUCUGACUUGCUCAGGGACAUAGCCGGGGUUAGAAAUCCACGGACCGUCUUUGUCUUUAUUUUUGGGGCCGUCGAAAUACCGAGCAGGGAAAAAAAAUGUUGAUGGUGAUUUUUCUCGACUGUUCUCCUGAUUGCUUUUACUCCUCGUUCAUUUUUUCCUGGUUGAUGUUUCCACAGCGGUCCUUUAAAGAUGUGUUUCAUGCAGUAAAACUGGUAGACCUCGGUUCAAGUCGACUAAAUGUUCGUGUGUGUUUUGUUUUUGGGAAGCAGUUGUCCCAACUGGGGGUGGCCAUGAGAGUAUGUUUUGUGUGGCGCAGUCGGGAGAGUGGCCCGUGCCAGCAAACCUGAAGGUUCCUGGUUUGAUCCCCCACUUUCUACCAACCUCGUCACGUCCGUUGUGUCCCUGCUCCUGCAUUGGGUCGUGGUUAGGGCCUUCAGUGCAUGAAUGGGUGAAUGUGGAAGGUAGAAAAGCACUAGGUAUAACCCGUUCACCAUUUGGGAGGUGAGGAUUAACUAUUAUUUAUUUUUAAUCGUUCUUAAUAGAAUGUUCUGACCUCCUAUUUCUAUGCCAUUGUGGGGGGCGGAGCCAAACUUCCAGGGCUUCUUUAGACCGUGAAAAUCAACAGCGCCUCUGCUGGUUGCAACCAAGUAGCGCACCCUAUUUUAACAUCCUUGCUUUCAGAGGGUAAUAACCCCUGGUUUUCUCCUAUGUUCGACCCAUGCACUGUUAGCGCUUUUUUUGCUAACCGUUGCCGUGACGACAUUCACCGUCCUCGGAGUCCAAGUGUGCUGUGCAGAACUCUUUGGGAUGGAAGUACAUUGCCAAUGCUCGUUAGGGCAAGACAGGGUAACCAAUGGUCCGCUGCGUCGCUAUACGGCGACGUAAAGGACGCUCCAGUGAUUGCGGUAAACCCCAACCCUCAAGACCGCCGCUUUAGCCCGGCACAGGUGGUACCCCAACCCUCAAGUCCCGCUGCUUUAGCCUGGCAAAGGUGGUACCCCAACCCUCAAACUUGCCGCUUUAGCCUGGCACAGGUGGUACCCCAACCCUCAAGCCCUCCGCUUUAGCCUGGCACAGGUGGUACCUCAAGUCCGCUUUAGCCCAUCACAGGUGGUACCCCAACCCUCAAGUCCCGCUGCUUUAGCCUGGCAAAGGUGGUACCCCAACCCUCAAACUUGCCGCUUUAGCCUGGCACAGGUGGUACCCCAACCCUCAAGCCCUCCGCUUUAGCCUGGCACAGGUGGUACCUCAAGUCCGCUUUAGCCCAUCACAGGUGGUACCCCAACCCUCAAGCCCGCCGCUUUAGCCUGGCACAGGUGGUACCUCAAGUCCGCUUUAGCCCAUCACAGGUGGUACCCCAACCCUCAAGCCCGCCGCUUUAGCCCGGCACAGGUGGUACCCCAACCCUCAAGCCCGCCGCUUUAGCCCGGCACAGGUGGUACCCCAACCCUCAAGCCCGCCGCUUUAGCCUGGCACAGGUGGUACCUCAAGCCCGCUUUAGCCCAUCACAGGUGGUACCCCAACCCUCAAGCCCGCCGCUUUAGCCCGGCACAGGUGGUACCUCAAGCCCGCUUUAGCCCGGCACAGGUGGUACCUUAAGCCCGCCGCUUUAGCCUGACACAGGUGGUACCUCAAGCCCGCUUUAGCCCAUCACAAGUAGUACCCCAACCCUCAAGCCCGCCGCUUUAGCUCAGCACAGGUGGUAUUCAUUUCAGGAACAUGUUUGUUUUAUUGUCCAAAUAAAAAGCAAAAUAAAUCCAAACUUUUAUUCUAUCAGCACUCGUCUUGUGUGGCUGGGGUUUUUUUUUGUUUUCUGUGUCUUCCACCGCUGCACGGUGUUGUACUUUGGGAACAAAGCUGAUGCAUUUUGGUGUGCUUUAAAAUGAUAAAGAUGUCAAAGCAAUA